GCCUAACUCCACCUACGACCCCUCCUCAUAAAGCCAACCAGGAUAAUCCUUUUAGGACUUCACCUAAGCUGAAGUCAUCAUGCAAGACGGGUGUACCACCUUCAAAAAAGCCCCGCUAUAGUGAGUCUUCCAGUUCUCAAGGAAAUAACCCAAUCAAGAAAGGUCCAGAACAGUCUGAGCUGUACGCACAGCUUAGCAAGACUACAGUACUGUCCAGUGGACAUGAGGAGAGAAAGACAAAACGGCCGAGUUUGCGGCUGUUUGGUGACCAUGACUACUGUCAAUCUGUGAAUUCAAAAUCGGAAAUACACAUUAAAAUAUCCCAGGAACUUCAGGACUCCAGACAACUAGAAUUUAAGGAUUCUUCACCUGGGUGGCAGUGUCAGAUUUGUUGUUCUUUAGAACAAGACCAGUAUUUCAAGAAAGAGACUUUACAGACAAGUAAGCAGGGAUCCCAUGGUAAUAACAGAAAACAGCUCCAAGACCAGGAAAUUCGGGCUGAACUGAAUAAGCAUUUUGGUCACCCCAGCCAAGCUGUUUUUGAUGAAGAAGCAGAUAAGACCAGAGAACUAAGGGACAGUGAUUACAGUAAUGAACAAUUCUCCAAACUACCUAUGUUUAUAAAUUCAGGACUAGCAAUGGAUGGUCUCUUGGAUGACAGUGAAGAUGAAAGUGAUAAACUAUGCUACCCUUGGGAUGGGACACAAGCCUAUUCAUUAUUUGAUGUUUCACCUUCUUGCUCUUCAUUUAACUCUCCAUGCAGAGAUUCAGUGUCUCCACCCAAAUCCUUAUUUUCUCAAAGAUCCCAAAGGACGCGCUCUAGAUCAAGGUCCUUUCCUCAACGCAGGUCUUGUUCCCGUUCUCCAUAUUCCCGAUCGAGAUCAAGGUCGCCCUGUAGUAGAUCCUCUUCAAGAUCUUGUUGCUAUUAUGAGUCCAGCCACUGUAGACAUCAAGCAUACAGAAGUUCUCCCUUACGUGCAAGAUCGCGAUCCAGAUCACCGUACAGUCGCAGACCCAGAUAUGACAGCUAUGAGGAAUAUCAGCAUGAAAGGCUGAAGAGGGAAGAAUACCGCAAAGAGUGUGAAAAACGGGAAUCUGAAAGGGCCAAACAAAGGGAGAGACAGAGGCAGAAAGCAAUUGAGGAACGUCGUGUGAUUUAUCUGGGUAAAAUCAGACCUGACACAACCAGAACAGAACUGAGGGACCGGUUCGAAGUUUUUGGUGAAAUUGAGGAGUGCACAGUAAAUUUGCGGGAUGAUGGAGACAGCUAUGGUUUUAUCACCUACCGCUAUACUUGUGACGCCUUUGCUGCUCUUGAAAAUGGAUACACUUUACGCAGGUCAGAUGAACCUGACUUUGAGCUGUACUUCUGUGGACGCAAGCAAUUUUGCAAGUCUAACUAUGCAGACCUAGAUUCAAACUCAGAUGAUUUUGAUCCUGCUUCCACUAAAAGCAAGUAUGACUCCAUGGAUUUUGAUAGUUUACUCAAAGAGGCACAGCGGAGCCUGCGUAGGUAACAUGCAUCACACCCAAGGAAAACGGAGGGAUGGCGAAUACCUCACGGACGUCACGUCCUUCAAUAAUGGACAAUUGAAAAGUCAUACUUAGGAAUUUCUCCUACGUUACACUCUC